GCCCGGCCAUGCUGGCCGCAGUAUGGCCCCUCUGGAGCAGGACGCGCUGGCCGUGCGGGAGCAGCUCUUCCACGAGAGGGUCCGCGAGUGCAUCAUCUGUGCCCUGCUCUUCGCCAGCCUCUACAUCCUCUGCCACUUCAUCAUAACCCACUUCAAGAAGCACACGGACUUCACAGCAGUGCACGAUGACGAGGAUGCUGCUGUCAACAGGAUUGCGCUGGGGCUCUGCACCUUCACCCUGGCCGUGGCACUGGGCGCCGUCCUCCUCCUGCCCUUCUCCAUCAUCAGCAACGAGGUGCUGCUCUCCUUCCCCCACAACUACUACAUCCAGUGGCUCAGCGGGUCCCUCGUCCACGGCCUCUGGAACUUGAUCUUCCUCUUCUCCAACCUGUCCCUCGUGUUCCUCAUGCCCUUUGCCUACUUCUUCACCGAGUCAGAGGGGUUUGCAGGAUCCAAGAAGGGCAUCAUGGCCAGGGUGUACGAGACGUCCGUGGUGCUGCUGCUGCUGACGCUGCUGGUGCUGGGCAUGGUCUGGGUGGCCUCUGCCAUCGUGGGCAACGACGCUGCCAGUCGCCAGUCGCUCUAUGACCUCUGGGAAUAUUACCUGCCCUACCUCUACUCCUGCAUCUCCCUCUUUGGUGUGCUGCUUCUGCUGUUGUGCACCCCCUUCGGCCUCUCCACCAUGUUCACCGUCACGGGGAAGCUGCUGGUGAAACCCCGGCUCCUGGAAGACCUGGACGAGCAGUUGAGCUGCACGAGGUUUGAGGAAGCUGCUGUAUCCCGCAGGAUCCGCUCUGGCAAAGCUUCCUGCUGGCUGAACCUGGACAUGGAGCUGCUGCAGGAGCAGUUCUUUGCCAUCCGGAGCAAGAGGCGGAAAUUGGAGCUGCGGCACCGAGCGUCGCCCUGGCAGAGGAACCUGGGCUACCCCCUGGCCAUGCUGGGCCUCCUGGCGCUGACGGGCAUUUCUGUGCUCAUCGUCUGCUUCCACGUCCUGGAGCUGCUGCUGGACGAUGCCGCGAUGCCACGGGGCAUCCAGCAGGACGCGUCCCUGGGCCAGGUCUCCUUCUCCAUCUUUGGUUCCUUCGGAGCUGCCCUGCAGGUCGUCCUCAUCUUCUACCUGAUGGUCUCCUCUGUCGUGGGCUUCUACAGCUCCCCCCUCUUCACCCGCCUGCUCCCGGAGCGGCAGGACACCCCCCUCACCAAGAUCAUCGGGAACUGUGUCUCCCUGCUGGUGCUCAGCUCGGCACUGCCCGUAUUCUCCAGGACACUGGGGAUCACCCGUUUUGACCUCCUGGGGGAUUUUGGCCGCUUCAACUGGUUGGGGAACUUUUACAUCGUCUUCCUCUACAACAUGGGCUUCGCGGGGCUCACCACGCUGUGCCUGGUCAAAAGGGUCUCCUGGGCCGUGCAGGCUGAGCUCAUCCGUGCCUUCGGUCUGCACAGGCUCCCGCUGCCCGUGACGUGCCGCCGGCCCCUCGUCAAGUCCUGCUGAGGCUGGAGACAGCGACGUGGCCCCCCAGCCACGGUGGCCCCCCAGCCACAGAGCUGGCACCGAUGGCACCUGGUGCUUCAGGGACACUGGGGCCACCCAGGGACAACCAAGACCCCACGGGAGGGGGGACACCCCCCGAGCUCUGUCUCAGCCUGUUGCGCUGCUGAGCCUUGGCCUUGAGCCCCGUCCCUGUCACCCCCCCGGGGGUGUCCCCGAGGCUGUGCUGGCUGCAGCCCCCCCAUCCUCUUUACAUACCUCGUGUGAGAGUGGCUGGGCCCCCUCCCCCACCCCUCCAGGCUGUUCCCUCGGGCCUGGUUGGGUUUUAAAUGUCCCCCCCACCCCAGGGACUGUUCUGACACUACGGGGACGGCCCCGUGUCCCCUGCCCACCGUCACUCCACAGCCCGUCCCCGUGUCACUCUGGGGCUGCAGGGGGGCACUGGUUGUGUCCCCCCCACCCCGAGGCCUUUGGGGUCCCUAAUAGGGGGGCCUGGGGUGCAGAGGACAAGCCCCUCUCUCUGGCAGCUUGGUGUGAUGAGUCUGUUAGUUCUCUGUUACCACAGAACUUGUUUGGAGCAAUAAAUA